AUGGGAAAGCGCAAGAAGUCAAGCAGAACGCCCCAAGGGCCCCGAAAGCGGGAACCCCUCGCAACCACCUUCGCUUGCCUCUUCUGCAACCACGAGAAUUCGGUCGUCGUCAAACUCGAUAAGAAGUUGGGCUUGGGUGACCUUUCUUGCAAGGUCUGCGGUCAGAAGUUUCAGACCGGAAUCAACUAUUUAUCUGCCGCCGUGGACGUGUACUCCGACUGGGUGGAUGCCUGCGACGCCGUGGCCAAGGACACUGCCAACCAGUAUGACGGGGCCGUGGGAUCGAUAGGCAAUAGCAAAUCGGAUGCUCUAGCCAAUGCUGGACAUGGAGAUGCCUAUGAGGACGACGAUGACUAUUGA